AUGCUGUCUUCAAUACGGCGUCGGAUCUUCCGCAGCAAACCGGACAAUGGUCGGACCACCAACGGAGUUACGGCCUCUGAGACCCGGGCCCCCGGCGCCUCAGCCCCUGAAGCUCCGUCCGAACCGCCACCCCGACGGGCCAAAUCCUUCUUUUAUUCUGGCAUAAAGACCCUUCACAGCUCACAGGACGAUAAAAUUGACAUCGUCUUCAUCCAUGGUCUAAAUGGUGACUGUGAAAAGACAUGGACCGCUAAAACUGAGGUACAACCUUGGCCAAAAGUUUUCCUUCCAUCACAGGUUCCGAACUGUCGUAUCCUUUCGUAUGGGUACGAUGCGGGCUUGGUCGACUCGUCCAAAAAUCGAGUUUCGGAUCAUGCUCACACAUUGUUGACAUCUCUGGCCUCACAAAGGCAGUCUGACGAUACAGCAGAGAGGCCCAUCAUCUUUAUCUGCCAUAGUCUCGGCGGAUUGGUCUGCCAAGAUGCCCUGGUGACAGCGAAACAGCGUCCCGAAGCACAUCUCCAAAGUAUCUUUCACCUGACUCGAGGGAUCAUAUUUCUUGGAACGCCGCAUCACGGAUCUAGUCUUGCCAAAUGGGGAGAGAUGUUAUCUCGUUCUGUGGGGAUGAUGAAGCAGACCAACACCGACAUCGUCCAGCUCCUCACGCGCGACUCCGAGGUUCUCGCUCGCAUCCAAGAUUGCUUUCACACAUUGAUCAUGACCCGAAAUAAGGAACAAACCAACGAAAUUGACAUCACCUGCUUUUACGAAGAGCUGCCCAUGAAAAGGAUUGGUGUCGUUGUGCCAAAACACUCAGCCACCCUACCCGGAUACAUCUCAAUUGGCAUCCACAGCGAUCAUGCUCAAAUGACAAAGUUCGGCAGUCGCACCGAGCCAGGAUUUGUGGCGAUAUGUGGCGAGAUUAAACGUUGGAUCAAGAAGAUUGAGCAACAGGGGCAGGAUGAAUCAAAGAAACACACUGAGCAGGUUGAUGAGGCCACCCCGCAUUAUCUCAUCCCUUACACCAGCAAUCCGGACUUUGUUGGGAGAUCAGAGGUCAUAGAAUCAUUGAAGGAUCAGCUGGGCCACUCGGAGCCUGCGGCACGGAGCAAGGCACACCUCCGUGCUUCACUAUGUGGUCUCGGCGGUGUUGGAAAGACACAGGUCGCACUGGCGUAUGCCUACUGGCUACAGGAGGCUCAGCCAGACAUAUCUGUCUUUUGGGUUCAUGCCAAUAGUGCAGAGCGCUUUGCCCACUCCUAUGCUAAUAUCGCCAGAGAAUGCGAGAUCCCUGGCUAUGAUGAGUCAAGUGGUCUCGACAGUCUGUCGGUUGUGAAAGAUUGGCUUGAAAGCAAAGCUAGUCGGAGAUGGCUGAUGGUCAUCGAUAAUGCCGACGACAUGCAGCUAUUCUUUCCUUCAGACGCGGGAGAGAAGCUUGGCGGCUUCAUACCCGAUUGUGCCGACGGAACCAUUCUGUUCACAACGAGGAAUCUGCAGGUGGGGUCAAGGCUUACGAAAGGGAAGCGCCCCAUCGAGGUCAACAAGAUGGAUGAAGACGAGGCAGUUCAGCUUCUUAUCCGUGGGCUUCAAGGCAUCGAUGAGGACCCCAAGGAUCUGCUGCGACUUUCAUCUCGGCUGGAGUUCCUACCCCUGGCGCUCGUUCAAGCAUCCGCAUUUAUCCAGGAAAAUACCAUCAGUGUCAACAAGUAUUUGGAGCUAUUGGAGGAGAGCGAAAAAGGCUUGGUCGAUCUACUAAGUGAGGAUUUUGAGGCAGCUGGGAGGGACUCGGCAACACCUCGUGCCGUCACCGAAACCUGGAUCCUUUCUUUUCGGCAGAUCGAGCGACAAUAUCCCUUUGCAGCCGAGCUUCUCUCCCUCAUGAGCCUCUUUGACCGACAAUCCAUCCCCAUGGAUUUCCUCGAGUUCUACAGCGAAGAGAAGAAAGGGGAGUCCAGCAGUGCUCUGCAACUUGUUAAGGCUCUUGGAGUUCUCAAAGCUUUCAGCUUCAUCAUUGCUGAGAAACGCGGCGAUCACAACAUGCAUCGUCUGGUACAGUUGGUAACCCGAGCUUGGUUGAAUCGAAACGGUACCAAGAACGAGUUCACAAGAUGGGCGCUCCUUGCAGUCUCGGACGCCUAUCCUUACGGCCACUUUGAGGACAUUCCGACAUGCAGCGCAUACCUUGCACACGCCUACGCCGUCUUGAAUUCGGAUGGCAUUGAUUCACAGACGGAGAAGAAGGGCAGUGACUCAGAGACAGAGGAUAAAUUGAUCAAGGCAUCUCUUCGCCAUAGGGUUGGCGGGUUUUUCUUGUUCCAAGGCCGAUAUACCGAAGCAGAGGGGCUGCAGCGAGAGGCGAUUCGUACCCGGGAGGAAUUGCUAGGACCUGAGCACCCCGAGACGUUGACCGUUAUUUCGGACCUUGCCUCUACUCUCUGGCGUCAAGAUCGACUGGAAGAAGCAGAGGAACUAGAGACUCGCGUCAUGGAGGCCUGGAAGCGAGCAGAAGGCGAGGAACAUCCCAAGGUGCUUGAUGCGAUGAGUAACCUCGCGAGAACAAUCAGUGAUCUGGGCCGGUCAGAGGAGGCAGAAGAGCUGGAGACACGAGUUUUCCAGACAAGGAAGCGUGUUUUGGGUGAAGAACACCCCGAUACACUCAUCAGCAUGAACAAUUUGGCAGUGACUAUCCGCGACCAGGGACGAUUGGACGAGGCGGCACAGUUGCAGCGGGAUGUGAUGGAGAUAAGGAAGCGGGUUCUUGGCGAAGAACACCCUGACACACUCACAAGCCUAGGAAACCUAGCAGUUACGCUGUACGAGCAAGGUGACCUAGGCGAGGCGGAAGAGUUGCAAGUGCGUGUGAUGGAGGUGAGGAAGAGGAUACUCGGCGAGGAGCACCCGGCCACGCUUCUCAGCAUGCAAAACCUCGCAGAAACGUGGAAGCUGCAGGGUGAAUUGUGUGACCCAAGCAUGUCUAUCAGACUCGAAGUCCUCGGCGAUGCCCUCGCCCUCCUGGAGGAUUGCUUUCGCCUUCGGCGUCAGGUGCUCGGCGAGGACCAUCCGGAUACGCAGGAGUCAUGUACGUGGCUUAACGAGUGUCAAGAAGCACUCAAGAUUGCAACCAAGGAGUUUAAUGAGGAGGCAGCGAAGGAGAAUAGCCAGGUUGACAUUGGUGGGUUUCUAGACAGGACGGAUGAUGAGACUGUGUAA